AUGCCUCCGAGGAUGGUGAAGAGAGGUGCGGCAGCGGCCGGAACGAAGAGGACGACGAGAGUCACCAGGGGGACGCCCAAGGCUCAGAGCCAGGCACAGGCUGAGGCUCCCGAUGAUGUGCCGGUGGUGGAAGCUAAAGAGGAUCUUAAGGUUGAAGAGGUUAAGGAGAGGCCAAUUGUGGCGGAAAGUCCGGUUGUUGAGGAGAAACCAACAGUUAUCGAUCAGCCAGGGCUUUCAGAGAUUGAAGAUGAUGCAAAAUCAGAGCUGAAUGGAUUAAAAAAACAAGAUAAGGUUAAGGAGUCUAUGGAUGAUUAUGAAAAAGAUGAACGAUUAGAGCUGGAGGAUAACGAAGCUGAGUAUGAACCUGAAGAAGAUGGUGGAAUUGAUUAUGAUGAGAAGGAAAUGGAACAAGAGGAUGUCCAGGAGGUCGAAGAUGAAGGAGAUGAAGAACCUCUGGAAAAUUUAGGUGAAGAAGAAGGUGAUAUGGCUGAGGAGGAAUUGGAAGAUCCCAAUGAAGAACUUGAGGGUGAAGAGUAUGAGGAGCAUGCUGGUGAGGAGCAUGAGCAUGAGCAUGAGCAUGAGCAUGCAGAGACGGUUGAUGAAGAAUCGGAGCACCAUGAAGUUGUAAAGGAGAGACGAAAGCGUAAGGAGUUUGAAGUAUUUGUUGGUGGUCUAGACAAGGAUGCAAGUGAGACUGAUCUUAAGAAAGCUUUCGCCGUAGUUGGUGAAGUUACUGAGGUCAGGCUGAUGAUGAACCCUCAGACAAAGAAGAACAAGGGAUUUGCAUUCUUGCGUUUUGCAACUGUGGAACAAGCAAAACGAGCUGUUACAGAGCUUAAACAUCCAGUGAUUAAUGGAAAACAGUGUGGUGUUACUCCAAGUCAAGACAGUGAUACCCUUUUUCUGGGGAACAUAAGCAAGACAUGGACAAAGGAUGCUUUGAGAGAGAAGUUGAAACAUUAUGGAGUAGAUAAUGUUGAGGAUCUCACAUUGGUCGAAGACACUAACAACGUGGGAAUGAAUCGUGGCUUUGCUUUUUUGGAAUUUUCAUCUCGUUCAGAUGCCAUGGAUGCUUUUAAGCGACUUCAAAAAAGAGAUAUAGUGUUUGGAGUUGAUAGGCCUGCAAAAGUUUCUUUUGCAGAUUCCUUCAUUGACCCUGGUGACGAAAUCAUGGCACAGGUUAAAACUGUCUUUGUGGAUGGCUUACCUGCUUCAUGGGAUGAGGAUCAUGUCCAAGAACUUCUAAAGAAAUAUGGGGAGGUUGAAAAGAUUGAGCUUGCGCGGAACAUGCCCUCAGCUAAGAGGAAAGAUUUUGGUUUCGUUACAUUCGACACUCAUGAUGCUGCAGUGACAUGUGCUAAAAGCAUUAACAAUGCUGAGUUAGGCGAAGGAGACAACAAGGCCAAAGUCAGGGCGAGAUUAUCAAGACCGCUUCAGAGAGGUAAAGGAAAACAUGUUGGGCGCGGAGAUUAUCGGCCUUCAAGGGCUGUUGGACGAGUUGUUAGGGGUUCGUGGGGUCGCCCAACACCUCGUUCUCUCCCUCCCCUGCGUGGAUUAAGGGGAGUUGGAAGUCGAAUCCCACCAGCCAGCGUGAAGAGGCCUGUUGGGUUAAGAGAAAGACGCCCUGCAAUGUCACCUUAUCCAGCAAGAGGCAGGCCUUUGCCUCCUCCAGCUAGGUCCUAUGAUAGGAGGCCACCUGUCCCAGCAUACCCAAAGAGCAGCUUCAAGAGGGAAUAUGGUAGGCGCGAUGAGGUUCCUCCUCCAAGGAGCAGAGUAGCCACUGAUUAUGGCUCAAGGGCUGUUCCAGAGAGACGCCAAUCAUAUAGAGAUGACUAUACCCCACGUGGUCCUGGCUACUCUGAUCCACCAAGAAGUACCUCUCGUACAGGAGGGAGGAGAGCUUAUGUUGAUGAGGGUUAUGGACAAAGGUACGAAAGGCAUCCUCCCCCUUCUCAUCCUCCUCCAAGUUACCGUGAAGGUCGUGCUCGUGAUUAUGAUUCUAUUUCUGGUUCAAAGCGUCCAUACUCUGCACUGGAUGACGUUCCUCCUCGUUAUGCUGAUGCGGGUAUUCGCCAAUCAAGGGCACGGUUGGACUACGAGUAUGCAAGUGGUUCUCAGUAUGGAGAUGCCUAUAGUGAUAGAGUGGGGAGAUCUAGUUUAGGAUAUGGAAGCAGCAGAACAAGUCAGGAUUCACAUGGACUUUAUAGCAGUCGUCAGGGCAUGGGCUAUGGAGGAGGUUCUUAUGGCGGUAAUGAUGUUGGUGGAAUGUACUCAUCAAGCUAUGGUGGUGAUUAUAUGUCUCGUGGCAGUGAUGUUGGAGGUAGCUCUUACUCAUCAAUGUACUCUGGCCGUGGUGUGGGUGGAAGCAGUUACAUGGGUUCAGGUGGUUCUGGCUCGUACUACUGA